AUGCUCGUUUUCCUGGAGAUUGUGGGGGUAAGGAACUUACCAGCUGGUCAUACAGGCAGUCUCUUUGUCUAUUUCAGUAAGAAACAGCCAGAUGUGCUCUUCAACACCAAAAGAAGAUUAAGCAUUAUGUCUGAGCUAGGGAAGAAGCAAGUUGCAGCUCUCCGUUGUGAACCUACUGGAGAGCUGCUUUUUGAACUCAUGUCAUACUUGCCUUCUAGCUUGCACACUGAAAAUUCACUCAAAAUUUUGGGAACUACUUCAAUCGCGCUACAGGAGCUGCUGAACUCCAUUUCCAAACUCUCAGUUGAUAAAUGGUUUGACUUGGUAUCCAGUUCUGAAGUUGUAGGCUCCCAGCCAAUUAGUCUGCGGGUUGCUGUCUCUGUCACUCCUCCAGUUCAAGCACCAUAUCUGGUGCACAUGGUUCGAGGGCACCCAUUAUCAAGCACUUCUUCCUUUCCACUUCCUGAAAGGUUUCAACAGGCCAAGAGUUGGACAUGUAUUGUAGAUGAGGCUGGCAACGAGGUCAUCAGUGUCCGAAUGAGUGGGGAUCCAAAGAAAUCAGAGGGGAAGAGCAGUUGUACUUCUAGAAAAGAAGUAAUUGGCGUAACAAGAUCUGGUAAAACAUGUCUUCUUGUGGAGUUGCUUGGAGAAGGAUGGUCUUUGAUGGGUUCCCAAUGGUCCUUUCAGCUUCAGAAGAAUGCUAGUGAAGAUGACAUUGCAUUUGAGCUUAUGGGCAGCAGAAAGAUAACGAUUUUUCAUGGAAGAAAACUGGCAUACGAAAUAGAGGAUUGCAAGAGGAAGGAAGAUGAAAGGGAUUUCAUGACAGUAGUAGAAUUCUCUGAUGAAGAUCCUUACGGAAAAGCAAUAGCUUUGCUUAACCUGAAAUCGGGUUUUCUCCGGGUAGAUACCAUUGUUUCUUCAUUUGCUUAUUUCAUUAACUCAAAUUUGAAGCUCCUCAGUAAAAUUGAAAUGCUUGAAUUUGUGUAUGAGAUGGAACAGGUUGAGGAACAAGGGUUUGUAUUGCCUGGAAUCACCCUGGCCUUCAUACUUUCCGACAUUUUACUGAAAGAAGGCUACGGUUCUUCAAAUUUGAAAAGAGAGAAAAUUAGAGAGGCUCAUGAAGCAAUGCCAGAAAAGGAUUGCCCAUGCAGUGGAGAAUGCAGCAAGAGAAAUGGAACUGUCCAAAAAGGCCUUUUGAGCAUAGAAUAUGGUGGCUGUGUCCAUGCAAGUACAAUGAAGAGCCACUGUUUUAGUGGGUUGACUGGAGCUAGUGCUUGCGGCGGGUCUGGUGGCUGUGGUGGCGGAUGUGGUGGCAGCUGUGGUGGUGUUUUCCUGGAGAUUGUGGGGGUAAGGAACUUACCAGCUGGUCAUACAGGCAGUCUCUUUGUCUAUUUCAGUAAGAAACAGCCAGAUGUGCUCUUCAACACCAAAAGAAGAUUAAGCAUUAUGUCUGAGCUAGGGAAGAAGCAAGUUGCAGCUCUCCGUUGUGAACCUACUGGAGAGCUGCUUUUUGAACUCAUGUCAUACUUGCCUUCUAGCUUGCACACUGAAAAUUCACUCAAAAUUUUGGGAACUACUUCAAUCGCGCUACAGGAGCUGCUGAACUCCAUUUCCAAACUCUCAGUUGAUAAAUGGUUUGACUUGGUAUCCAGUUCUGAAGUUGUAGGCUCCCAGCCAAUUACUCUGCGGGUUGCUGUCUCUGUCACUCCUCCAGUUCAAGCACCAUAUCUGGUGCACAUGGUUCGAGGGCACCCAUUAUCAAGCACUUCUUCCUUUCCACUUCCUGAAAGGUUUCAACAGGCCAAGAGUUGGACAUGUAUUGUAGAUGAGGCUGGCAACGAGGUCAUCAGUGUCCGAAUGAGUGGGGAUCCAAAGAAAUCAGAGGGGAAGAGCAGUUGUACUUCUAGAAAAGAAGUAAUUGGCGUAACAAGAUCUGGUAAAACAUGUCUUCUUGCGGAGUUGCUUGGAGAAGGAUGGUCUUUGAUGGGUUCCCAAUGGUCCUUUCAGCUUCAGAAGAAUGCUAGUGAAGAUGACAUUGCAUUUGAGCUUAUGGGCAGCAGAAAGAUAACGAUUUUUCAUGGAAGAAAACUAGCAUACGAAAUAGAGGAUUGCAAGAGGAAGGAAGAUGAAAGGGAUUUCAUGACAGUAGUAGAAUUCUCUGAUGAAGAUCCUUACGGAAAAGCAAUAGCUUUGCUUAACCUGAAAUCGGGUUUUCUCCGGGUAGAUACCAUUGUUUCUUCAUUNUGA